AUAAAAAUAAAGACGAAGCUAGCGCCAUAUUCACUCGAACACUUGGACUCGGCCAGACAUCUGAGAUUUUACAAAUGGUGAUGUUCGUGGCCUCCCCAGCUUCAGAAUCGGUCCUUGGGCAGCGUGGACAUCUCAGACUCGUGAAGGAACUGCAUCUCCUGCAGCUCCAUCAGCUUGCCGUGAUCCUUGAUGUGGGCAUAGUUGGCAGCAAGACACAUCAGAUAGUGCACCUGUGGGAGAGCAAUAAGAAAUUAGAAUUGACUGAGAAACCAGAAAAGGGACUGCACUUGAAAAAGCACAAGAACCAAGAAAUUACAUCAUUAAAUGAAAUGACAACAAAUCUAAAGCAGGAGGCGUUGCAGAAAGAGCGCGAGAUCACUGUGUUGUGGGAGAAGACAGAGUCCCUUAGUGGUCAGCUGGUGACGGUCCACAACCACAGCCACUUUGAAGAGAAUGGCCUGAGCCACGACCACCUUGCUCAAGAAAAUAUCACGUUGACAGAGCUGAUUAAAGAACUAGAAGAUAAGCUCAAACUUUCAAAGAUAGAAAUCAAAGACGUCACAAGACAGAAUAGUGAGCUGCAUGCACUUAUCACAGAGUAUAAAGUCACUCCCUCAGAGGAAAAAGACAAGGAUGGCACCUCUUCAUGUGAGAACUCAGAAGCUAAAUGUACAGAUACCAAGGGGAAAUUGCUGGGUCAAGUGGCUACACUGACAUCUGAGGUUAGCAGGUUGGAGAGUGAGUGCAGCAGUCUUCAGGUUCAGCUAGACUGUGAGAGGGAUAAGUAUAACAAACUGCUGGGAGAAUCUCUUGCUCAUGAAAAGUUGUCUGAAGAUGUCAUAACUGAACCAAAAGGUGACUACAUCACCAUCUACCAGUUGCAGCGAGGAGUGAUGAAGCAGCAAGCUCGAGAACGCCAGUUAGACCUUGCCAGCCUCCAUCAUGAAUGAGAGGAAAUGAAGCAAAACCACUCAGCAGGAUUUGAUAUCAAAGCUGGUGCAGGAAAAGGAAGCAGAUCAUGACCUUGAGCAGCUCGAGAAGAUAAGCAGCGUCCUUAAGAGUUCAGUUGCUAUCAUUAGCAGUGUUGGAACCAGUGAGUCUGAGACACCCACCAGCAGUGGAAAGGUGGCUGACGAGCGCCUCAAGCACUCUGAAAAGGUGGAGCAACAACAAGAAACAGAAAAUUGCAUCCAUCAUUCUUUGCCUGAGGAGGGAAUUGAUGCUCUGUUGACCUUUCACACUGAUGUCCCUCAUGAGGAGGGAGAAUAUGAAUCCUACAGAACUUGCCCAUAGAAAGACCAAAACUGUUACUGCUGCCACACUGCCACCACUUCCACUGACACCAAAAGCCCAACUGUGCAGAGAAUCCUGGACCUCCGCAAUGAAAUGGAGUCCACCAGUCACCUGGAGCACUUUAGCCUCCAAAAGUUCCAUCCGUGUCCAUUGUGUUUGGGUAAACUUAUCACUGUAUAAGGGGACAAGUAUCAGUGUAUGGUUACUAGAUACUCAUUUGUACUUAAAGAUGUCAUGACACAUCAUUCUCUCUCUCUCUCUCUCUCUCUCUCUCUCUCUCUCUCUCUCUCUCUCUCUCUCUCUCUCUCUCUCUCUCUCUCUCUCUCUCUCUCUCUCUCUCUCUCUCUCUCUCUCUCUCUGUUUGGAAUUAUACUGUAUAUUAGGAAAUAUCAUUAAAGAGUGUGUGUGUGUGUGUGUGUAAAAAGUGUUUGCAUUAUUGUGCAUUUGAUGUUAUAGCCCCAGGUUCUUAAAGUUUUCUGGUUUCAUGAUUUAUAAAGAUUGCUAUUUUUAAUAAAGUUAUUGAAAUUGUUAUUGAGUGUUUGUAUUGAACUCAUUAGCUUUGUAAUAGUGUGCGUCUCAUCAUGCAUUCAUUAAUGAUGUAGAGUGGAAAUGUCCACUCCUAUCAUGCAUAAUAUCAAUGCAUUAUUGGUUUAUGUUGUUAUUUGUGUAUAAAUUGUAAAGUUAUGCCAGUCUAUUUUAGUACAAACUAAAUAUCGGCUGGAAGAGAGGACAGGUAAUGGCACACUAAAACACAGGAAGGGACAAUGAUAUAACCAUCCAAUUUAACAAUACACAGAGGAAGAAGAAUGAGAAAGCAAUAAAAAUGGAUUAUUUAA